AUGUGUUGUGUGUUUGAACUCGCAAGCGAAGGGUGUUGUGAAAGGAAAAAGGGAAAGAGGGGAAACCCAACGACAGCGACGCGCCCGAAUAUUAGCAGCCUUACCCUACCUGAACCAGCACCUAGCACCCGCUCGCAGCACCCACUCGCAGCAUCCACUCGCAGCACCCGCUCGCAGCACCCGCUCGCAGCACCCGCUCGCAGCACCCGCUCGCAGCACCCGCUCGCAGCACCGGUGUCGCCCAGCACCCGCUCGCAGCACCCGCUAUCAGUACCCGCUCGCAGCACCCGUGUCACCCAACACCCGCUUGCAGCACCCGCUCUCAACACCCGCUCGCAGCACCCGUGUCAUCCAGCACCCGCUCGCAGCACCGGUGUCACCCAGCACCCGCUUGCAGCACCCGCUCGCAGCACCCGUGUCACCCAGCACCCGCUCCAGCACCCGCGUCACCCCAGAACCCGCUUCCAGCACCUCGCGCCUACCACCUCCCAUUGCCUGAUUCAUGUCUGCGCCUGA